GAUUUUAUAGAGAGAUAGAGAAAAAGAGCGAGGGGGCCGCCUUGUGUUGAUUUGAACUGAGGACAAGGCGCCCUUUAAUUUAAAGCUAUACAUAUCGUGUAUAUACCGUGCAUGUAGUUUGCUUUUUCUAAAACUGGUUUCAUUUUUUUGCGGAGAGGGCAUAGUUAUAGAACCAGAAGAGGAUAAAAAUAGCAAAAACUGGGGGGAGAGAGAGAGAGAGAGUAAUUAAUCAAUCAUGGAGGAAUUUGAGCCCAUGGAUUGAUUGGUCUGACCUUGCUUCUCUUUUCAGAGGCCUGCAAGAUUUGGUGGGUAUUAGAUCCUUUCUCAAAAAUGGUUAAGGUUUGAGAUGGACCUUCCCGAGUCUACUAAGGUUGUAUACGAUAGGAUCCAGAAGUUAGAGCCCGAAAACGCCUCUAAAAUCCUUGGCUAUCUCCUAAUACAAGAUCACGGCGACCGUGACAUGAUCCGCCUGGUCUUCAGUCCCGAUAAGUUGCUCCACUCUCUGAUCAACAAAGCAAAAACCGACCUUGGAUUAUCCCCAACACCAGCUUCAGAUCUUCCUUUACAGUUCACGCCAUUCUCACCAUCUUUACCACGGCCUCUUUCAUCUCCCUCAAGUCUCCGAGCCACCAAUGCUUGCUGGGAUCCCCAACUUGAGUUCUUGUCUCUGGAAGAUCAGUUAGACUGUGUCAAUUCAGUUGGUUCGGAUUUCUCUAGCAAUUAUUAUUACCCAGAAUCCACAUUAGGCCCAAGAAACAGCCAGAGGAGGUCUCCGAGCUUGCCUGAAUUUCCGGUUAAGAUUUGCCAUUACUUCACAAAGGGAUUCUGUAAGCAUGGAAACAACUGUAGGUACUUCCACGGCCAUCCCAUGCCGGAAUGCUUCAGCCCCAGUUCAAAUGAACUCCCAAAUGAAUAUCACACCCUCUCGCCUAGGUCUCUUGACAAGUUAGAGUUUGAAAUUAUUGAGCUUUUGAAAUCAAGGGGAGGGAUUCCUGUUUCAAUUGCUUCUUUACCAAUGUUGUACUAUGAGAAGUAUGGAAGGACACUACAGGCUGAGGGGUACCUUACGGAGAGCCAGAGACAUGGUAAGGUUGGGUAUAGCCUCACCAAACUUCUUGCUCAACUCAAGAACAGUGUUCGCCUUAUUGACAGACCUCACGGCCAGCAUUCAGUAAUUUUGGCAGAAGAUGUUCCAAAAUACAUGGAAUUCAUCAGUGAAAGAAGUGAUCAUGGAGGAGGAAUUGUUUCUGGUUCUCGGCAGAUUUAUCUUACUUUUCCGGCUGAGAGCACCUUUACGGAGCAUGAUGUUUCCAACUAUUUCAAUAAAUUUGGGCCUGUUGAAGAUGUGAGGAUUCCUUGCCAACAGAAGAGGAUGUUUGGGUUUGUCACCUUUGUUUUUCCCGAGACAGUCAAGCAGAUUUUGGCAAAGGGGAAUCCUCAUUUUGUCUGUGGGGCUCGUGUUCUAGUGAAACCCUACAGGGAGAAGUCGAGGCUUGUUGACAGGAAAUAUGCGGAGAAAAUUCAGCACUCUAUGUACUAUGGUUCACACUUUGGUGAUCAAGAAUCCGAGCUUCACCCAAGUACUCAACAGAAAUUGCCUAGAGUUUGUGACAAUUCAAGAUUGCUCAAGAAGCAACUCAUGGAAGAACAUCAGGCACUUGAACUUGAGAGGAGGCAUCUCUCAGAGUUGCGAUUAAUACCAAAAGCCAUAAACCAUCAUCAACAGUAUUUUGGCUACUCAAUGGACGAGUUCACGCUUCCAGAAGCACGUGCAGAACAGACGGAGCUCCCAUCUGCUGACGGUUUCAAUUAUCUGCUAGACGUGCUCAACAACGGUUCUAACAAAAACGUUAGGCGUAUAAAUACAAAAUACAAUGACCAGGAGAGCAGUCAAGGACUUAAUCUUCCAGAUAGUCCAUUCACAACUCCAAUAGGGAGCGGCAUUUCAACAGUAACAUAGAUUCAGAAACAAAGAAGAAAUAAAGGAGAUAGGGAGUAACCAAAGUUCAAGAUCAUUUCAAAGGUUGGAUACAAAACAAAGCUCUCCUUUUAUCGACUCUUCUAAUCUCGGAUCAGUAAGUCAGUAACUAGCUGCAAAUUCAUAUCUAAUUACAGAAAAAACACAACACAUUGUUUUUCUUCUCCCUUUUAAUUUAAGAGUGGAGUCAACAAAGAAGCAUGAUAUAUAUAGAUAUAUUUAUGUAAAAAUGCUUUUAUUGGAAAUGCUAAUCACAGCAAGCAAUCAAGCAAGAAGGCUUGUGGGUGUUUAGAAGAGAAUGUAAUUAUAUAGUUUGCUUUUUUAGUUGACAAAACAAAGGAACUGGAGAAAUGUGCAGGGUGUGGUUCAGAGUAAAAAAGAAAGAAAGUGUAGAGAUCUCUGCGACACCGGAAAACAGAAAGCUAAUGAUAAAUUUCACUAUACAUAGCUGCAAUUUUAAUA